AUGGAAAUGUCAGAUGAUCCAAGGUCGAGGGGGCCGGCGGAGGCUCCCCCAGCACUCCCGCCCGGCGUGACCCCGAUGAAAGGCAGCAGCUACAGCGCGGUCCAGCAGCAGGGCUACUCCGCAUCCAUCUUCCUCAAACGCAAAGACAAGCUGGAAAAGAACCAGCAGAAGUGCAUCGCCAUCUUCGCCCUUCUUUGCUGCUUUGCCGUGCUGGUGGCGCUCAUCUUUUCAUCCGUUAAUGUCUGGGGGGACGAUGAGGACGGGAUCACAGAGGAAAACUGCAGCAGCGACUGCCGCAUCGUGCUUGUGGAGAACAUUCCGGACGACCUCGCCCUCCACAUGGACGUCAGACCCCACCUGCCCCUCUCCGCUGGCUUCCACACGCUGUUGGAUCAAGCAAAGCACUCGGUCGAGGUGGUGUCACCUGUCUGGGCCUUAAACCCGUGGGACCCGGAAACAACGCCAAGCACUGCCAAACAGGGUCAGCUUUUGUUCCAGAGACUGCUCAGCCUGAAAUCUCGUGGGGUUAAACUGAAGAUUGCCAGCAGUCUGACUAACUCUGCUGAACUGAAGACCUUGGCAGCGCACAAUGCAGAGGUUCAUUUCGUUAACAUGACAGCUCUUACCAGGGGAAGACUACAUUCCUCGUUCUGGAUAGUGGAUCGGACGCACAUUUACAUCGGGAGCGCUGACAUGGACUGGAGGUCACUCUCCAAGAGAAAAGAACUGGGGGUGGUGGUGUAUAACUGCAGCUGUCUGGCUCUGGACCUCCACCGAGUCUUUCUGUUUUACUGGCAGCUUCACGAGAGGGACUACAUCCCCUCCAUCUGGUCGAAGAGAGUUACAGCCAUCUACGGGAGGCACGACGCCCUGGAGCUGCAACUCAACGCCACCCAGGCCACUGCUUAUGUGUCUACUUCUCCUGAACUCUUCUGCGCUAAAGAUCGCACCAGAGAUGUAGAUGCAAUCUAUCAGGUCAUCCAGAGUGCAAAGACAUUUAUCUUCAUAUCGGUGACAGACUACCUCCCUCUGGUAACCAGGAGUUUCAGAGGAACCUCAGUCACAAGGUACUGGUCGCUUAUCGACGAGGCGAUCAGAGAGGCGGUGGUGCUGAGAGGAAUCAGAGUUCGCCUGCUGAUCAGCUUCUGGAAGAAGACUCACCCGCUCACCUUUAACUUCGUCACCUCCCUCAAGUCGCUCUGCACGCAGCUGCUCAACUGUUCGUUAGAGGUGAGGUUUUUCAGUCACAAGGAGCCAAAGGAUGAUAUUCAACAUGGACUCAACCACAACAAGUACAUGGUGACCGACAAUGCUGUCUACAUAGGUAACCAUGACUGGGUUGGAAGUGACUUUGCCGUUAAUGCAGGAGUCGGGCUGGUGGUCAAGAUGAAAGACAGUCUUCAUGAGAGGGGGGUGACGAUCCUGGAGCACGUCAAGGCUGCGUUUGAAAGAGACUGGAGGUCACGUUACGCCAAGAGUCUGCAAGGAAACAAAGAUCAACAUGACAAAUACAGACACCUGCACCAAGGGAAGAUCCGUCUGGAGAGCAAGGAGGAAAACGAGUGGAGCAACCCUUUAUAAGCACAGAAUGUCUUUCUAUAUCCUAAAGCCUCAUACGGCUGAAUACUUAUACGACACUUGUACACAAUAUGAGAAUGUGAUUCACACUGUUAGACUUGACCUUAUUUGAAUAGAUUCAGUUACGAUCAGCGAACACAAGGUUGAGGUGAUACUUUGAUUGCAAGUUACAGUAUUAGCAUCGAACUACUUAAUGAAUCGUUGACUGUUAUAUGAGCAUGCUAUGCUGCAUGAAUAUUGAAGGCAAUAUUCAAAUUCAAACUAUAUACUGGGACAAGCAAUAUGCUGAUUAUAAAAUCAAUAUGCUCCAUGUGAAACAUAUUUAAAUCUGGAAAACAUGACCCAUCGAAGUCACCACAGAAAAUCUCAUUGAGUGUUUGAUGAUGAUUAUGCACUAUUUUUGUUGACAGUUUUAAUAUGCAUUUUAUAAACUUUUUAAUACUUUUCGAUUUGCAUUACAAUUAGAACCUUAAUGCUGUUUUUGCCUGCAAUGUUAAUGACUUCUUCGAUGCACACAGACACACACACACAAAGGCUGAGGCAGAAGUUGUACAGAUGUGACCAAAGCUGUUAGUCAUCUCAUUGAAAACGUCCAUCUGUCCUAA